CGCCUCCUGAGCGGAAGUACGUCACUGCACGGAUAACUUUCGUUGGUUUCUCUGGUCCUUUCUUUUCCUGAUCUUUCUGCGAGCGCUUGUAGGCGACGCUGAGCUGUUUUCUGCCGUAAGACUCGGAAUUUGCUGCCGCUGGAACCUCGGUUGUGCUAUUUUCUGGCUGCCCUGCUGAGACCUCACCAUGUCUUCCCACAAGACCUUCAGAAUCAAGAGGUUCCUUGCAAAGAAGCAGAAGCAAAAUCGCCCAAUUCCUCAGUGGAUUCGCAUGAAAACUGGCAACAAGAUCAGGUACAACUCCAAGAGGAGACACUGGAGAAGAACCAAGCUGGGCUUAUAAAGAACUGCCAUCAUGGUAGCUUAGAUUUACUCUUUACCAAGUCCAAAACAUCUUAUGAUGCCAGCCUGAUUUUGGAAAUUCCAAAAGUGCAGACAUAAAAAAUCUUAUUCAGAGA